AUGACUCCUCUUAUUUACUCCACCCUAAUUAUCAGCCUUGGAAUUGGCACCACCCUAACAUUUGCCAGCACCCACUGAUAUCUCGCCUGAAUAGGCAUUGAAAUCAACACAUUAGCUAUUAUUCCCCUUAUAACACAAAGCCACAGCCCCCGAGCAACUGAAGCCACCACUAAGUACUUCUUCGCACAAGCCACCGCCUCAGCCACACUUCUCUUCGCUGCUACCUCUAACGCUUUCUUCACUGGAAGUUGAGACAUUCUUCAAACCAAUAAUCCCCUUACCUAUACCCUAAUAACCCUUGCCCUGGCCAUAAAAAUUGGCCUAGCCCCGCUUCACAGCUGAAUGCCCGAAGUAAUGCAAGGCCUAACUUUACUUACAGGCCUGAUCCUUUCCACCUGACAAAAACUUGCCCCCUUUUGCCUUAUUUAUCAAAUUCAACCGCACAGCCCGAACCUUUUCAUGGCCUUAGGGCUCCUGUCCAUUGUUGCAGGGGGAUGAGGAGGCUUCAACCAAGUACAGCUACGAAAAAUCCUUGCAUACUCAUCAAUUGCCCAUCUCGGAUGAAUAGUUCUUAUCCUUUCUUUCUCGCCCCCUCUAACACUUGUUGCCUUUUCCACUUAUCUUAUAAUAACUUUCUCCCUAUUUUAUUCUUUUAUAAUAACCAAAACCACACACAUUAAUUCCCUUUCCACCUCCUGAGCCAAAAUUCCAACUCUCACCGCUUUAACCCCCCUAAUUCUUCUCUCCCUUGGAGGCCUGCCCCCUCUAACAGGAUUUUUACCAAAAUGAAUAAUCCUUCAAGAACUGACCAAACAAGACCUAGCCCUAGUCGCCGUCCUCGCCGCCCUAUUUUCACUCUUUAGUCUUUAUUUUUACCUCCGACUAUCAUACGCAAUAACAUUAACUAUACCCCCGAAUAACCCCGCAGGAACCCUUCCUUGGCGACUCAACCCCUCCCACAAUACCCUCCCCCCAGCUUUAACUACCACAAUAACAAUUUUUCUUCUCCCAAUCACCCCAGCCUUUAUAACACUCUUUUUCCUCUAA